AUGCAGAGAGAUGAAGUAUGAUUAUUAUAACCUGCCGAAAACCUCAGUUGUAAUAGCUUUUUAUAAUGAGGCUUGGUCGACACUUCUGCGAACUGUUCAUAGUGUUCUUGAGACAUCUCCGGAUAUCCUGUUGGAAGAAAUUAUCCUUGUAGAUGAUUACAGUGACAAAGAACAUUUAAAGGAGACUUUGGAAAACUACGUGGCUGGUUUGCGCAAGGUGCGCCUUAUCCGUGCCAAUAAGCGAGAGGGUCUGGUUCGGGCCCGGCUGCUGGGGGCAUCUGUGGCUAAAGGAGACAUCCUGACUUUCCUGGACUGCCACUGCGAAUGCCACGAGGGCUGGCUGGAGCCACUGCUGGCAAGGAUUGCAGAAGAAGAAACAGCUGUUGUCUGCCCUGUUAUUGAUGUUAUUGACUGGAAUACAUUUGAGUACUUGGGAAAUGCUGGUGAGCCGCAGAUUGGUGGAUUUGAUUGGAGGCUUGUCUUCACUUGGCAUAGUACCCCUGAAAGAGAACAAAAACGGAGGAAGUCCAAGACCGAUGUGAUCAGGUCUCCAACCAUGGCAGGUGGAUUGUUUUCUGUGAGCAAGAAGUAUUUUGAUUAUCUUGGUUCAUAUGACACAGGCAUGGAAGUCUGGGGAGGAGAAAACCUUGAAUUCUCAUUUAGGAUAUGGCAGUGUGGAGGAAGUCUUGAGAUCCAUCCUUGCUCCCACGUAGGUCACGUUUUCCCCAAACAAGCUCCGUACUCACGGUCCAAGGCUUUGGCCAACAGUGUGCGUGCAGCUGAAGUGUGGAUGGAUGACUAUAAAGAACUUUAUUACCACCGAAACCCGCACGCUCGCCUGGAACCAUAUGGAGAUGUGACAGAAAGGAGACUUCUUCGAGAGAAGCUGAAAUGUAAGGACUUCAAAUGGUUCUUGGAGAACGUGUACCCAGAACUUCACGUACCCGAGGACAGACCAGGCUUCUUUGGAAUGCUGAAGAAUAAAGGGAUGGAAAACUUCUGUUUUGAUUAUAACCCUACAGAUGAACAUAAAGUAACUGGACAGAGGGUCAUACUAUACCCAUGUCAUGGCAUGGGACAAAAUCAGUUUUUUGAGUACACGUCCCAUAAUGAAAUACGUUACAACACCCGACAACCAGAAGUCUGUGCAGCAGUUGAUUCAGGGACUGACUACUUGACGAUGUACUUGUGUAAAGAAGAUGUCCACAGUGUUCCUGAGAACCAGAAGUUUGUUUUCAGAGAGGACGGUACCUUGUUUCAUCUGCAAACCCAGAAGUGUGUACAUGCAGAGUCAAAUGCUUACAAUGGUAACCCAGCACCAUUGUUACGACCAUGCACCAACUCGGACUAUCAAAAAUGGUUCUUCAAAGAAAGAAGUUGA